ACAAUGUGGAAUGAGGAACAGCUGGAAGACAGGCAGCAGAUUUCUCAGUGUGUCUCAGACAAAGCACAUGUUAACCUUUCAUCCUGACAGACUCCUUACCCAAAGCAUUCCCAAACACCCAAUUACAAAUGAAGCAGAAUCAAAUCAAUAUUCAUGCACAUAUCUGAGGAUGAGAGACUUGAUCAAGGGCCGAAUGUGGCGCACUUUCAGAACUGGGAUUCAAUAAUCACCACUGGUCCUUAGAGAACAUUAAAAAUUGUAGCCGUAGCUAAGAGAGUGAUUUCUAGCGUUAACUUGUAGUAUUUUCAGCAGCAAUGUCAUAUUUCAUAUUUAGGAAAUGAAUGCAAUGGAUGCCCCAGCACCCACAGACAAGAAGGGACCUCCCAGGUUCAAGCAAAGGAUAGUCCGGACUUUCAAGAGCAAAGCACCAAAACCAGGCCAGAAGGGUUUCGGAGAGGACAUCCCUGGAAUGGAGGAUCUCGGCACAGACUUCACUGUGAUUUGUCCGUGGGAGGCUUAUGGCGACAUGGAACUAAGCGAUCUGGCCAAAUAUGGAAUUUUGUAGCUUUCAGUUUUGUAUGUCUUUGUUUUGGACCCUUCUUCUUUGACAUGUUCUUAUUGUUGAGUAGUUCAUGGUGCUACAUUUCACUAACCUGGACAGUCAAAAUAUAUUAAAGUGCCCCCACCCCCACAUUUAACAUCAUUGAAUUGAUCUAGA